UGGAAUUAUAUCUGCCCAUUAACUAUAGUAGCGCCCACAAGAGUGACUGUUUUAUUACUUGAAGAAAUUGUAUCGAGUUUAUAACGACGCUGUAUACACUAUAUUUAUAAAUACAAUAUUAUGAAUACAUUCACUCUGUGCUUAUAAUACCUGUGAACAUAAUGGGUUUAUGGCCUUUUACUGUUGCGGAUUUAUUAUUGAAUUUGAGGUAAAGGUUAACACCAACGAUAUCUACAGUGUUCAAGAUCAUUAACCUGCUUGUACUCUUGAUGGAUAUAUAUUUAAUAAUGACGUUUUUGAAGUUAAAAAUUAGGACGCUCUAGAUAAAAGUCAGGUUUAUUUACAUGUACUGGAAUAUAAUUCGGUAUAAACGUGUGUCUGCAUAGGAACCUUCAAUCAGUGUUUGAAAGUGCUUUGGAACAAUCCAGUGUCUACAAACAUGUUGCCCAUCCUUGGAUCUCUUGACGUUGCCUCUCUCGUGCCGGCGACGUACCGGGCGUCAACGUCGCUUGUACUUCAGACCGUUCUUCUUGCGGCGGGUUUGUACAUAUUUGGAAAACUUGUGACGUUUAUACGAUGGCAUAGGCGUACGGAUAAACUGUUUGGAAACGUUCCGGGACCGAAGGAGAGACAUUGGUUGUUUGGCAGUUUCCGAAAUAUGCCGGAAGACGGGCAUGACCGGAUGCAGGUAUUCGUGGACUGGGGAAACCAGUACGCCCGGGCGCAAGGCUACCUCCGCCUGUGGGGGAGCUUUUGGCGCCCAGUUAUCGUCGCCUGCCAUCCUACCAGCAUGAAGAAAAUACUCAAGACAGCGGAGCCAAAGCCGUUAGGGUUGACUAGCGGUUACCGGACCUUGAAGGCGUGGCUAGGUGACGGGCUGCUCAUAUCCGGUGGGGAGAAGUGGGCCCGGAACCGCCGCCUCCUCACUCCGGCCUUCCAUUUCGACAUCCUGAAGCCGUACAUACACGUGUACAAUGACGCGGCCGGGAUAUUCGUGGAUAAGCUGAACGAUUUCGCGGCUCGCGGGGAGCAGUUUGAGCUGUUCCAACACGUGUGUCAGUCAAGCUUGGACAUCAUCCUCCGCUGCGCCUUCUCUUACAACAUUGACGUACAACGGGCUGGGGAGACGCACCCGUACGUUGUCGCGGUGAAUGACCUAGCCACGUGCACUGCUAAACGUACAAGGAAGCCGUGGUUGGCCUCUGAUAUAAUCUUCUACAACACAGCGCUGGGCAAGAAGUAUAAACGGGACUGUGACUAUGUACACGGGGUAGCGGAGGACAUCAUCAACACUCGCAAGGCCGCGCUGGAGAAAAUAGGCGGAGUAGACAAGAAGAAAUACCUGGAUUUCCUCGACAUACUUCUCACCGCCAAGGAUGAAAACGGUGUUGGACUGUCGUAUAUGGACAUCAGGAACGAAGUGGAUACUUUCUUAUUUGAAGGGCACGACACGACCGCGAGCGCCAUCUCCUGGAUCCUGUACUCACUGGCGGAACACCCAGAGUACCAACAGAAGUGUCAGGAAGAGGUAGACGAGGUGCUCCAGGGCCGCCAGGACGUAGAGUGGUCUGAUCUUCCCAAGCUGGAAUAUCUGACCCAGUGUAUCAAGGAGGGCAUGCGGCUACACGCGCCAGUCGCCAUCGUCGGCCGCGAAACAACAAAGCCCUUCCCUAUCGCUGACAUCGUCUGUCCGCCAGGAACCAACGUUAUGAUCAAUAUCUGGAUGCUACACCACAACGUGGAGGUUUGGGGCGAGGACCACAUGGACUUUCGCCCCGACAGAUUUACCAAGGAGGCGUGCGCCAAGAUGGACCCUUACCAGUAUGUCCCCUUCUCUGGCGGCCCAAGAAACUGCAUCGGGCAGAACUUCGCAAUGAAUGAGCAAAAAGUCGUCAUCGCAAAACUUCUUAACAAUUUCACGUUCAACCUGGUUCCCGGUCACGUCGUGCGGCGCCGUCUAGCGGCCGUGAUGCGCGCGGAAAACGGCAUCAUGAUGACGGUGGAACGCCGCAAACACUGACGUCACACAGGGCAUAUGUGACGUAACGGAAUGUGUUGAGGGUCUGAAGGGAACAUAUUGUACGGACUAGCAUGCGGUUGUAAACCAUAACACGUUUAUCUUGUGUAUUGAUAUUUGAUGCAGUAUCAACACAAGUAAUCGUUUUAUCUUGCAAUGUUUUUAAGAAACGUACGAUGGAUUGGUAACCAUAACUGUAAUGAUGUUUUUAUUAUUUCAAGGUCUCUUACAAACAAAAUGACCCUGACCUUUCUGUAUUGAUUGUAUUGAUUGUAUGGGCUAAGUGUUAAGUUUUAUCUUUUUUAACUCCGGUGUUUAAUAUCUACCAACAUUUAUAAACUGAGAACAAAUAUUUCAUCUACUUCAAUGUUUCUUAAGUCUGAAUAAAAGGUUAAGGCGUGCCAAAGUUGAAACAAUUUGGUACCAUUUCUUACAAUCAGUGAUAGCCGUAUUUUUGUUUGGUAAUGAGCUUUGAAGUUCAAUGAUUAUAUUUACAAUCUACAUGAUAAAAAUUAUAAAUGUAGUACACGAUUUUAAUAUUUAGUAUUGUAUUGUGUUAAAGAUAUGUAUAUUGUAGUUCGUGGCACAGGUUAAAUGUAGAAUGCCUGUGUUUGCUUUGUAAACCAUAUUAUGUUUGUCUCGAAAGAUCUGAAUCUUCUAUAACCCAAAGUUAUUUGUUGACAAUCUGUGUGUUGACUGUGAAUCAUUGCAGACUCAUAGGGGGAUUACUGUGUCCAGCGUCCUCGUCUGGUGACGGUGUUAAGUUUUCCGGCCAAUUACUUUUAAUUGACUUGUUGUCGGGUUUUCAAACUUGGUAUGCACAUUGAUCAUGGUCAGUAAAUGAUCUAUUAUUAAUUGUUUGCCCAAUAGGUCAAAGGUCAAGGUGAUGGUGACCUUAACUUGCAAAUUGAUUGGCCUUCCCACCCGGCGCCACAUUCGGUUUUCGGAAUUCUAAUUGUUAUAAAAACAAUUUCAGGAACAUAUUUAUAAAUAAACUUAUUUGUUGCUA